GUGCUUGAACGUUCGUGCGUGCUUUCGAAGUAGGAAGCGUUGUAUUCGAGGUUAUCGUUCUUUAUCGGGACCUGUCGUAUGACGUCAAAUGUGGCGCAUAGGACGACCUUUGAUAGGCAAAGGCUGUGUCCUGCUCUCGCCUAGCACUAUCAACACUCUUGACAUUAUUCUGGUCCGACGUGUGAGGUUAUCUGAGAUGGGACCUACACGAAAACCGGCCGUUCUUGUGACGCACCCGGACAUUCCUCCCGAAGCCCUUAAACUUCUCGCAGAAAGGUGCGACAUAGACGUAUGGAACCAACCGAAACCGAUUCCGCGGUCGCUGCUGCUUCAAAGGAUAGUCGACAAGGACGCUUUAUUCUGCCUGCUCACUGAGAAGGUGGACGCGCAGCUCUUGGAUGCCGCUGGCUCAACUCUCAAGGUAGUGGGGACCAUGUCUGUUGGAUACGACCAUAUCGAUGUGGAUGAAUGCAGAAAAAGACGGAUUGCAGUAGGUAAUACGCCUCACGUGCUGACAGAUUCAACGGCUGAGCUGGGAAUAGCCCUACUUUUGGCUACGCGCAGACGACUCUUUGAGGCCCGCAGUCAGAUCGACAGUGGAGCGUGGGCCCAGACCUCCUGGAGCCCAAUGUGGAUGUGUGGCUCGGAAAUCAGGGGAACAACGGUCGGGUUCGUGGGCAUGGGAAACAUAGGACUAGCAAUUCUUGAGAGACUAAGAGCUUUCAAAGUAAGCAAAUUUCUCUACACCUCACGAAGUCACAAACCCACGGCUGAAAUGGAGGGAGCCCAGUUCACAAGGCUGGACGGGUUGCUGAGAAUGUCGGACAUAGUUAUUGUGACGUGCACACUCACUCCGGAGACGACGGGCAUGUUCAACCGUGAGGCGUUUUCUCUUAUGAAGAAAACAGCUUCGUUCAUCAAUAUCAGCAGAGGAGCAGUGGUUGACCAAGAUGCUCUCUACGAAGCACUCACAACUGGAAAGAUAGCUUCUGCUGGCCUGGAUGUCAUGACGCCUGAGCCUUUGGCCAAGGAUCACCCGCUCGUGAAGCUGCCUAAUUGCGUGUUGCUGCCGCACAUCGGCAGUGCUACAACAGAGACCAGGACGGCAAUGGCAGUGCUUACGGCGCAGAAUAUCCUGGCAGCUUUGCAAGGACUUCCAAUGCCCGCGACUGUUGCCUAACCAUUCACUUCUUUGUUACAUGAAAGAAAGCACUUUUAGCUGCAUUUAUAAUUUAUAAAUUUCCUUUUGUUUUUGUUUUGUUUUAGGGAAAUAAAGUCUACAAAUGUUUUGUUUA